AUGUCGUCUCUUCACCACGUUCUCCUACUCGGCGGUAGCGGCAAGGUUGCCCAGCUACUAACGCCCUUACUUCUCCAGCGAUCAUGGAAUGUCACUAGCAUUAUCCACGACCCCGCGCGGGUCGCAAGCCUGGAGAAGCUUGGACAAGGCCAGAAAGGGAACCUAAACGUUCUAGUCCGCAGCUUGGAGGAAGUCACAAACGAAGCUCAGGCUAAGAGCAUCAUAGAUGAAGUGAAGCCAGACUAUGUGGUGUGGAGUGCUGGUGCAGCGGGCAAAGGAGGGCCAGAGAGGACAUUCAAGAUUGACCGUGACGCUGCAAUUCAUUUCAUCCGCGCAUCAGCCGCCACAGCAUCAAUCACCAAGUUUGUCAUGAUUUCAUACCUUGGGUCCCGGUUAAAGAAGGCACCAUGGUGGUCUGAAGAGGUUUGGCAGGAUUGUCUAAAAACGAAUAACGGCGUAUUGAAAACAUACUACCAAGCUAAGAUAGCAGCCGACCAGGUAUUCUACGAGGAAGGGAAGAAGAGGAAAGACUUCGCCGCGAUCAAUCUUCGCCCAGGCAUAUUAACAUCAGAACCAGCGGGUAAGGUUAAGCUUGGGAAGCUCCCCGUCUCGGGUACUGCAAGCCGCGCGUCUGUCGCGCAGUUAACUGCGCUACUACUCGACGCCCCCAACGUCAAGAGCGGCUGGCUUGACCUUAUUGACGGUGAUGAGGAUCCAGAGGUUGUUGUCAAGAAGUGUGUCGAGGAGGGAGUAGACGCUGCUGAAGGCGAACCGUUUUACUAA